AUGCAUGCCAGCUGCAGCUCUCUCCCCGCCGACGACUCCUCGGAGCGCAGUGCCCUGAUUCAUGGCAUAUACGAAUCCAUCAAGUCGAUUACUCGCUUCGAAGAUCGGACUGCCGCCCUAGUGCAAGCACGGUGCUGGAGUGUGCUCUGGACUAUUGACCGACGCAGGCUGAAGAAGAUUGCAGAGGACCUGCGGCAUCCAGAGGCGUUUUUGGGUGUGAUCCUGCACCUCCCUGAGAACGCCUGCAGAGCGGCAAGGCUUGCUCUAACCUUCAUUGACCAAAGUCCGACACCUACAGACAGCAGGCAAGCCAUCAGCGCCUUCGAUCAGGUACGCAUCCGCGACGGCUCCGCCUGUGUGGUGACUAAGACGCCCGCCGCCUCGCCCUGCUACAUUUUCCCACCCAAUGCUUUGAAAUCCAAUCCAACGCUCCCCAGAGCCUUAGAAAAGCUCUACCAUGUAUGGGAUUGGAAGAGGCUGUACCGCACCAGGGAAAAGAUCCAAAACACUCUCAUUAGACCAAGUAACAUACUUUGUCUAAGCAAAGAGCUCAGUUCGUUGUGGGACCAAGGUCUCUUUGCGCUAGAGCCAUUGGACGACGACAUUGACUUCAUCGUAUAUGAGAUGACCGAGGACGGUGGGGAGACAUUGCCGAGUAACGUGUACGGGGCCAGAUACCGCUUCCACUGGCUCCCACGCACCAGUCUUUCGGGACCAGAGAGCAAGGUUGACUUUGCGUUGCAUCCCAACGCGAUUUUGGCCAAGCUCCCCCGUCGCGUUCUAAGUCAGGUUUUCAAGAAGAUCCUGUCAUUUGCAGGCAGUCGUCAGGGCGCGGACAUCGAAAAUGGGCGCAUCGUCGACAUCUUCGCUGACAACAGAGCUCUUCUCCCCGACAGAGACCUCAUGCAGAUUCGAUUCGACGUACUUAGAGUGCACGCUCUGAACGGCGGACGAGGACCUGAGGUAUACCGUGACUUGGUUGAUCCUGACGCCAAAGAAGCGGAUAAGCUCCUGUCAUGA